AUCCUGGAAAGUGGAAAUUGAGAAGAGAGAAGCCGAUCUCCGAAACCCCCAACAAUGGCGACUCUGAAGGAGAUCCUGACUCGGCGUCCGGUGGCGGCGACGAUACGGCUGACGGUUCCGGCCGGAGGAGCUCGACCGGCUCCUCCGGUGGGUCCGGCUUUGGGUCAGUACAGGCUGAAUCUGAUGGCGUUUUGCAAGGACUUCAACGCCCGUACACAGAAGUACAAGCCCGACACUCCGAUGGCGGUCACGAUCACCGCAUUCAAGGACAACACGUUCGAGUUCACGGUGAAGUCACCGAAGGUGUCGUGGUACCUGAAGAAAGCGGCAGGGGUCGAGAAAGGGAGUGGUCGAGCCGGGCACGUUCAGGCGGCGACCUUGUCGGUGAGGCACGUUUACGAGAUCGCGAAGGUGAAGCAGUCGGAUCCGUUCUGUCAGUACAUGCCCUUGGAGUCCAUUUGCAAGUCUAUUAUCGGUACUGCGAAUACCAUGGGGAUCAAAAUCGUCAAGGACUUGGAUUAGAGGUUCUGAUGAAAUGUUGCGUUUUUUUGUCAGAUCUCUUUGUUCUGUUCUUUGCACACUCAAAAAAAAAUGGAAACUUUGUGUUGCUAUGUCGGUUUCGAGAGGAAUAACUAUGAUCUUUGAUCAGAAUUGUCUUAGUGUGAGAUUGUUUCUUCGCAGUUGGGCAAGAGACCCUCGAAUUGGGAACAUGGAGAUUCAGAUUA